GCAGUUGGAUGGAAUGAUGGCACACGUGGAAGACUUCAUUCUUUCAUUCCUGAUCACUCCACCUCGCAACGAGGUCGUGAUAUCAGUUCGCGCGGCUAGCGUAUUUGAUAAGAAUGAAAUCAGUAAUUUAAAGUUUCGAAUGUUACGAUUCGAACAUUAGAGUAUCGGUUCUUUCAAAUUUCAUCGACGCGCACAUUCAUGCCGCCCAGGCUCGACAGUUCCUCCGGGCUUGCAGGAUUGUACACGACCAAUUCCGCUUAGAGCGCUCUGCCAUAUACCAAGAAGGAGAAAUUUGCGGGAAGUCUGAAAUACAGUCAACACCUACGCUAGAGCUGGGGCAAUUUAUCCUGUUGGGGAGUUGAAGAGGUCAAUUCUAGUUUCACGAUGGAAGAGGAGGACUUAUACUUGGUUUUAGGUAUAGAGUCUGGAGGUCCUGAGGUUUCGCAGCUUGAAGUUCGAAAGUCUUAUCGCUCUCGUGCUCUUCUUUGCCACCCGGACAAGCGCCGCAAGGAUGCUCCUGCAGCGGCCCUUGAGUUCGACAAAUUGCAAAAAGCGUACGAAGUAUUGGGUGAUGAGAAAGCCAGGAAGGCUUACGACGAGCUAUGGAAGCUGCGGAAAAGUCGCGUUGAGAAAGAGAGACAGCUGAGUCAUAAACGUCAAAAGAUGAUGCAGGAUUUACGAGAUCGUGAACGAGCGUUUGAAAUGCAGAGGAAUGAAAAACGAGAGGAGGAAGAAGCAUCGAAACGACUCAAAGCCGAAAUUGCCCGUAUCCGUGCUAUGCGUUCUAAGAAGCCUACUCCGGGUGGUUUUGAUUUCACUUUCGGCGCGCAAUCAAAUGGAACAUAUCAAAAGGAAGAAUCAGCACGACCUCAGGCUGCGGCCUCUACACCUGCUCAGACUUUGGAAAUGGAAAAGACUCUGAAGGCUUCUUGGUCCUGUGAAGCAGGAGGCGGCGGGGGUUACACAGCUUCUAGAUUGAUAGAGAUUUUCAAAGAAUUUGGGGAUGUAGAGGAUGUUGUGAUUCGUCAAAGUAAAUCGAAGAAGAAAGGUUCUGCGUUAGUGGUAAUGGGCUCUAAGGCAGCUGCUAUUGCAGCGACUUGCAUGCAAUGUGGGGAUCUCUCGAACCCGUUGCUAGUUGUGCCUGCAGUGCCUAUUAGAGGACCUUUCACUGAGCCAGUGUUAGCUCAGCCAGCCCCUACACAAGCUAAAGGCAGCAGCACUGUUGGAUCAGGUUAUCAUUCUUUCGAGAACGAGAUUCUGACUAAAAUGAGACAGGCAGCGGAGCGAGCUCGAAUUAUAAAAGAAAUGAAAGAAGCAGAUGCGAAGGAAACAUAGCUAUCAGCUCAGCAACGGAGUUAGCUUGCAAGCCUUCUGGAUCAAAAGAUGCAGUACACUUUCUGUGCAAGCAUGUUCCUGCAUUUGGGGUCCUUACGUGUCAUUCUACACGCAGGCGCCUAAACAGCCGUCUCGCCCUCAAGACCCAUUUUGGUAUUGAAAUCUUUGUUCUGUGACCUUUCAUGUGAGAAGUGAGAGUGGAAGCAAAGCAUCAAGGCUUCGAAGGUUCUGCAGCAUUCUUAUCAGGUCUUUGGCACGGUUCAUCGAAAAUGUUGCAACCAUCUACUGAAUUUGACGGCUAAUGUCCCACCAACAUCCCAAGCUUUACGCUCUUGACCGUCGGAGAUGUCGUUGUUUCUCUGGCCAUCUUUUUAGCAGAAAUCGCUCCAAAGAGGAGGGCUGCAGUAUAGACAUUCUUAGUGGAGAAUGCCAGCGUGCUCCUGGGCUAAACUUUUCGAAGCAGUCAGUGUGCGGCAGGUAUAAAAUUGGUCAGGAAGUGCCUCUUAUUUGUAGGGUAAUGCCUUUCCUUUCGUGUUACCAUUUUCCACCAACCAUUUAUCCCUGGAGGAGGAAGUCUCUUUACGAGGUCUGACAUCUACUCCUUUGUUAUCAAUACCGAGGGAAGAUUGUUAUUUUCAACUCAAGCGAAAAGUAGGAAAAAUACCUGAUCGUCAAAAAAAUGACUCAUUUUUUAACCCCACCGCAAUUUGUGAAGGUUUACUUCCUCGCCGCACUACUUUUAUCACGGUCUUCAUAACUAUCGUUC